AUUAUUAAUUUUAUGUGCCACUUCUUCAAAUUCUUCCCGCGCUUCAUUCUCCCCAUAUAUAUUUAAAAGGCCAGGAGAGGAAAUCCCGUGGUGGUCUGAGAGAGAAUUAUAAGUUUAAUUAAAAAAAAAUGCCAUGUUCUUCUUCCAGCUGCUUCUGCACGAAGCACUUCUUCAAGCGCUUCUUCACCCAUGAGGAGUUCCAAAUGGCGGACGGCGUUCUCCACACUACUUUCUUUGCCCCUCAUCUCUUGCCCUCCCUCGGCGCCACCAUCAAUCAAACAACCAAGCUCCGUAAACGCAUCGUUUCCCCUUUCGACCCCCGCUAUCGAGCUUGGGAGAUGUGGCUGGUGGUUCUGGUGAUCUAUUCAGCAUGGAUUUGUCCAUUUGAGUUUGCGUUUCUUCCUUACAAGCAAAAUGCUCUCUUCAUCUUCGACCACAUCGUCAAUGCCUUCUUCGCCGUCGAUAUCCUUUUAACUUUCUUCGUCGCCUAUCUCGAUACCCACUCCUAUCUUCUCGUCGACAACCCCAAAAGAAUUGCACUCAGGUAUUUAUCUACGUGGUUCGUUUUCGACGUGUGCUCGACCGCGCCGUUGCAGUCGAUAAGUUUCUUGUUCACGAACCGGAGCGGGGAAGUUGGGUUCAAGCUUCUGAACAUGCUCCGGCUAUGGCGCCUCCGACGGGUCAGCUCUCUCUUCGCAAGGCUAGAGAAGGACAUCCGGUUCAAUUAUUUCUGGACCCGUUGCACAAAGCUCAUUUCUGUUACAUUAUUUGCAGUGCACUGUGCAGGGUGCUUCAAUUUCGUAAUAGCAGACAAAUAUCCAGACCCAAAAAGGACAUGGAUUGGUGCAGUGAACCCAAAUUUUAAGAACGACAGCCGAUGGAACCUCUACAUAACUUCAAUUUACUGGUCCAUCACCACCUUAACCACCACUGGCUAUGGCGAUCUCCACGCUGAGAACCCUAGAGAGAUGCUCUUCGACAUCUUCUAUAUGCUCUUCAACUUAGGUUUGACUUCGUAUCUUAUCGGAAACAUGACCAAUCUCGUCGUCCACUGGACUAGCCGCACACGAAACUUCAGGGAUUCGGUUCGAGCUGCAACAGAGUUUGCAUCGAGAAACCAGCUACCGGGUCGGAUUCAAGAUCAGAUGUUGUCACACAUAUGUCUGAAGUUCAAAACCGAGGGGCUGAAACAACAAGACACCUUGAACGACCUUCCAAAAGCCAUUAGAGCUUCCAUAGCUCACUAUCUCUUCUACCCCAUUCUUCUUCAGGUCUAUCUUUUUCAAGGAGUUUCUCAUGACUUUCUUUUCCAACUGGUAUCAGAUGUGGAGGCUGAGUACUUUCCACCAAAGGAAGAUGUUAUACUCCAAAAUGAGGCUCAAACUGAUCUUUAUGUAUUGGUCUCAGGCAGUGUGGAUCUAAUAUCCAAUAUUGAUGGGCAUGAUCGAGUUAUGGGACAAGCAACAGCAGGAGACAUGUUUGGAGAGUUGGGAGUGUUGUGUCAAAGGCCACAGCCUUUCACAGUUCGAACCACAAAGCUUUCACAAAUUUUAAGGCUCAAGAGAACUUCUUUGUUGUACAUAAUACAAUCAAAUACAGAAGAUGGCAACUUUAUAAUGAACAACUUUUUCAUGAAAAUGAAGCAAUAUGAAAGAAUGGGCAAUAUAUGCAGUAGUUUAGAUGAAUAUAGAAUAGAGUUUGAUGAGCUAGAAGGAGCUGAAAGGGACAUUUUUCCUCAAAACAAACAAGCAAGAUCAAAUGGGGGUCCUUCAGAUUUUGUAGUCUCCUCCUUAGAAAAUUUGUCAACCGCGACGGCCUCUUGCUCGAGUGUCGUCUCUAGACAAACCAAGAGAAGGGUUACCAUACACAUGCUGCCUCGACAUGGAACCGAAGAAGUUAAAAGUCAAUAUGGAAAGUUAAUAUUUAUCCCUGAUUCAAUAGAAGAGCUCCGCAAGAUGGCGAGUGAAAAGUUUGGAGGAGAAAUGGCUACAAAAAUGUUGAGUGCAGAUAAUGCGGAAAUUGAUGAUAUAAGUGUGAUUCGUGAUGGGUAGGCUAAUGCAAAAGCUUGUAACUUUGAGGCUAGUUGUUAAUAUUUUCCACCAAAAUCUGACAACCAAUUUGUCUCUUGAGGGAAAAAUGUCAUUCAUCAAAUCAUUAUGUCUUGUCCAUAUAGGAAUUUUUUUGAAAAUAUAGUAUUCAAUUUUGGGUG